UACAAACCGACAGGUGAACACUGAUAACUGAUGAAAAACAAAAACACACAGAGGAGAGGGUCCCUUCUCUUUUCUUCCUUCCUCCUCCCAGUCCUACCCUCUUAUUUUUAUCAUUCUCUGCCAGUACUGAGUUUUUUUUCCAAGGGGCAAAAAAAUUAUGAUGUACUUAUAAAUUAUUAAAGAAAGAAACCGCUGCUAUACCACCACUACUCAAUUCUUGAAACUUCAAUCUCAUCCUGUUUUAUCUCUUUUUUGUUUUUGCUUCAGGUUUGGCCCUCUUCCUUUUCUGUUAGUUUUCUCUCUUUUUUUUCUUCUGAAUAAAUGCAUGAAUUUAAGCGUAGAUAACGAUGUUUUUUCUCCCCUUUUUUUGGGUUUCUGUGUAGAAAAAGAGUUGUCUUGAUGAUAUGUUUUCUGCUUACUGGGGUUUUCUUGUAUUUUUUUUUGCCUGUAGAGUGUAAAGAACAAAUAUUUACUGUGAAAAUUAUUGCUUGGUUUUUUUCGGUUUUUUUCUUUUUUGUUUUCGGGGGGUGAUGGGAUAAGGAUCAUAUUUUGCUUCUGCUUCCUUUCUUUUUGUGUUGAUUUUGCAAUUAUUGAAGUUGUAUCAUUUAGCUGCCACUUAUUCUGCUGCAAGUUUGGGAAUGUCAUCUGGGCAAGUUAUUACUUCUGUAGUUGAAAAAGUUUGAACUUUUAAAUGGUGACUUUGUUUGAGAUUUAAGCUUUCAUUAACUGUGGUCACUUAGAAUUGGUCCAAAUUUGCAUCUUUAGCAUAGAAAUACUUAGGGUAUGUGAAUCGAUUUGGAAGCUCUUUGGAUUACUGCUUAGCUUUUUGGUUACACUGAAUUUACUGACUAAAUGGUCUGUGAAUUCACUAUAUUUUUUAUUCUUUGAUGCUCUAUAUUUAUAAAAUGUAGCGUAUGAAGGUAGCCGAAAGUGAGUUGUAUUGCGUGCAAUGGCCUGUCAAAACUUACCUGUAAACAUUAUCUCCCCGUAUUUGAGAGUAUUAUCGUAUGUAAUUAAGGUAAUUCAAAUGUUGGGAUCCUAAAGUUUGUACUUUCGUUUUUCUGUUCCGUAUUUUAGAGUUCCUCUUUCUUUUUCUUUUAUGUAAGUAAAAGAAAAACCUGUUGAUUUUACACUUGAGUGUGGAUUUGGUGGAAGAAUAAUGUGUUGUAAUAGAACUUACUGUUUACAUUGUCUUUCAUUAGUGGUACUACUUUUGGUUCAGUAUAAAAAAUCAACAGCUUUAAUCUGAGAGAAUAUUUGUGCAGAUAAUGCAAUGCAGAUGAGGAUGGGCGAGUGAUGGCAGUUGCAGAAGCUAGGGCAGCUUGGCAGAGAACAGUUAAUCGCUGCUUGGUCCAGGAGGACGCUAAAAGGGCACCUAAGUUAGCUUGUUGCCCAUCAGCGUCGCCGUCCUCGACCAGGGAAGUUGAUAUAGGUCUUGGACCUCAAAGUGCUGCUGUUGAUACACAGGCUACUCCUAGUGUGGUUUUCCUGCCUUUGAAUUGGAACGCAUCUUAUUCUAAUUUAUCUCCAAGCUCAAGAUGGUGGCUGCAGCUUCAACCAAGCCACAAUAGGCCGCAGAGGGGUUUCAUUUAUCCUGAGGAUUCAGAAAUGAAAACCUUGCAACAUGAAAUAGGCUUGGGCGUGAAAUGCCCCAGGGUUGAAAGUGAAGACACUGGUGCUCUACCUUUUGUUGAUGACUCCAUGAAUGAUGAACCUUUCAUCAAUUCUGAUGUAAGAACUUCAAAUUCUAAUGUGAAGAGUGAUUAUGGUUUUGAAAAGCUAGAUUUCAAACCUAUACAUAAAGGGUCUUUGUUUGAAUCAUCAGCCGAUAUUAAUAAAGACGGCAAUAAAGCAGUUUUUUCCAAGAAAACUGAGGAGGGACCGUUUCCUUAUUCUGAGUCUCCUUGGAUUGACUAUGAUGAUAAAAUGGAGCCGUGGUGGCGUAUUGCUGAUGAAGAUGAACUGGCCCUUUUGGUUACACAGAGAUCUUUUGGACUUAUUGAGAAUUGUGAUCUUCCGCAGCCUCAGAAUGCUAGUGUUAAGAGGCAAGGUUUUGUUGAUCAUGAAAAAAAGACUGGUGUUGCGCUUGUAGAACCAAAGCUUCCUGCUUAUUUUCAGGGUAUAUCUAACUGUAACAAGAAUAAUGUUGCAUCAGAAGGCGAAAGUCAAAAACAGUGUUUGCCUGUGGAUUGUCAAAAACCAUUAUCAACUUCCACUAUUACUUCCUUGAGAGAGAGGACAACCACAACCACAUGCGAGAGGGACUCGAGCAAGGCCGAGUUACUUGAAGCACUACGCCACUCUCAAACACGUGCAAGGGAAGCCGAGAGAUCAGCAAAACAAGCCUACGAAGAGAAAGAGCAUGUGGUGAAGUUGGUGUUCAAACAGGCUUCUCAACUCUUUGCUUAUAAGCAAUGGUUCCAGCUUUUGCAACUGGAGAACCUCUGCUAUCAGAUCAGGAACAACAAAACGGAGCCAUUUUCGAGUCUGUUUCCCAUAGUGUCACCAUGGAUGAUGCUUCAAAAGCCUAGGAGAUUGAGAAAGAACAGGCAAAAAGGCACCAUAGGUAAAUGUGGCAGCAAGAAGGGACGAUCUAAACCCGACAUCUGCAAAUAUGCAGUCGUUUUUGCCCUAGGAUUAAGCCUUGUUGGUGCAGGUUUACUCUUGGGAUGGACUGUCGGUUGGAUGCUGCCUACAUUCUAAAAAGCGAAAUCUGGAACGUAUGUCUGGCAUGCUGUGUCCAAAACUCUCUUCUGCUUCUCAUGUCAGUUUAUAUCAUUAGGGUAUAUUGGCCUUUAGGAUAGUGCUUUGAUUUGUUUGUAGCUUGUAGCAUCAGCUGCCAUGUACUGUGAUGAGCGAACUCAUGCGAGUUUGUAUUGUACAAAAGGGGG